AUGGCACUGGACUCUUAUAUCGCGAAACUUCUCCGUCAGAAGCUAUGUGAGCUUCUCCCGUUGCAGCCAAUCCGUCCAGAUGCCGUCCGAGCGAGCAUCCUCAACGGUUCAGUGCACCUGUCCGAAGCCCUGGCCUGUCCAGAUUCAUUGAACCGGGAGUGGCUGGGGGAGGAUAGUUCCCUGCUCGUGUCCGCUGCACAUGUUGGGUCGGUGAGGCUGGAGAUUCGGCUGCUGGGCUUGGCGCACGUCAGACUGAUCGUCAGCGGCCUCCAUGUCUCCCUAGUGCCUAGGCCCGUUUGCAAGACACAGGUAGAUGGCAGGAAAGCACAUGAGCAACAGAAAGCGGCAGUGGCGGGUAUGGAGAAGGCAGAGAAUGUGGAAUCCAGUGGGGAUGCAUCAUUGGAUCAGCAGGUCGCUGUACUGGACCCUGAGCCCAGGCAACCAUGUUCUUCCCCUCUGGUCCUCUUACCACUCUGCCAUCCCUUACUCCAUACCUGCAUGCAUCCAUGUGUCCAUUUCAAAGGUCAUCCCUUCAUGCUUCUUCCGUCCUCCUUUCCUCUCUCACGCUUCUUCCUUCCUCCUUUCCUCUCUCACGCUUCUUCCGUCCUCCUUUCCUCUCUCACGCUUCUUCCGUCCUCCUUUCCUCUCUCACGCUUCUUCCGUCCUCCUUUCCUCUCUCACGCUUCUUCCGUCCUCCUUUCCUCUCUCACGCUUCUUCCGUCCUCCUUUCCUCUCUCACGCUUCUUUCUUCCUCUUCAGGGAGCAAGCCUGCACGAGGCCAUCAAGCGCCACGUGGCGCAGCGCCAUUCGCCCUUCUCGUUCUCCCAUUGGCUGGGCCAACAGCUGGCGUCGUGGGUGCGUGUGGAGCUCCACGACGUGUGCCUGCGCCUGCACCUGCACGCACAAAUGCCACCCACACCCUCAUACCACCAGUGCACGUGCCGUUCCUGCUGUAAGGGCAAGCGCGUUCAGCCAAUGGAGGAGGCGAGCGAUGACGAGAGCAGAAAGGAAGAGACGGAGCAGUGUGUGAAAAGGGAGGGAUAUGGAGGGGGUCACGGGCAGAGGAUACAGGGCAUGGGCCAGCAUGGAAUGAGAGGUGGCACUGGUGCUGCCGCUCCUUGUGUGACUGUGACUGGUGAGACUGCUGCUGCACCUGCUGCCUGCUGCCUUGGCCUUGAAAGGUUGGUGCUGUCGUGUCAACAGUCCUGCUCUGCAGGUGACAGGAGGCAUUCAGUAGAGGGUGAGGCAGUCCCAGGUGGUUGGGCAGGCGCAGGCACGGCAGUUGAUGCAGGGGUUGAGGUGGGCGCAGGGAGAGACGCUGGUGGAAGGGAGGCGGACGGGCACAGCACUUGGGGCGAUGGGGGUGCAAGUGGAAACAGUAGCAGCAGUGCCAGUGGGGUUACAGUUGGGAGAGGCAAGCGGGCGUGGGGCGGGAUGUGGGAAAAAGCACACUGGAGGUCUGUGCUUGUGUGGUUUUUGGUAGGGUUUUGUGUGCUUCUUGGGGUGUCUGGUUUCCUAUUUGGAAUUCAGCUACCAGAUGUGACUGGUAUGGGAAAUCUGCUGCAACCGCGGCUGUUGCCCUUGACACAGCAGAGGAGUUGCUCCUCUAAGGGCUACUUUUGGAAGCCAUUGGUGCAGACUCGGUGGGUGGAAGCAGCAGCAGAGACCGGGUCAAGAGGGAGCAAAGCAGAUGUUGCAGCAGCAGCAGCAGAAAGCGCAUUGCAGGGAAGUGCAGCAGAGGCAGCGUUUUUGGGGAGCACUGUGGGGACAGCAGAAGCAGCAGCAGCAGCAGAAGCAGCAGCAGCAGCAGAAGCAGCAGCAGCAGCAGAAGCAGCCGCAGCAGCAGAAGCAGCUGCAGCAGCAGAAGCAGCCGCAGCAGCAGACCUAUCAAACCAAUGGAAGGGCUCGGUCCAGCAGUCUGUGCUGCUGUGCUGGGCAUUGGGCUCUGCCACCCUCGUCUGCCUCCUGGCGUUUCACCUGAUGCGUGCCGCCAGAGCCACAGCUGCUCGCGCUGAAGCUGUAGGUAGGUGGUUGAAAGCAGGUGCAGAGCGGUUGAGAGCGGUGGCAGUGUGGGUGGUGGCAGCGGCUGUGUGGGUGUGGAAAACGGUGAGCUUGAUCGUGGGUGUGAGACUGGGGGCGGAGAGAGGAGGGGAGGUUUGGAGGGAGGGUGGGUUGGAGCAGCGGUGGGAGGUGGGUGGGCUGGCGUUGUGGCUGGAAAGGGGUGUGGGAGAGAAGGUGGGAGGUAAGCGUCAUGAGGUGGGAGGGAAGUGGGAGGUAGAGGGAGAGGAGAGGGAAGGUGUGGAAGAUGAGGGUUUGGCUUAUGGGGUUAUGAGGGGAAAGGGAAAUUUUGACGUGGAGAGUGGCGAAGGGACGGGUGGGAAGGGAGGGGAGGGUGAGGACGAGGAUGGGGAGGAUGAGGAGGAAGAGAAUGAGGAGGAAGAGGAUGAGGUGGAGGAGGUUGGGAAGGAGGAGGAGCAAGGGGGGGAUAAAGGGGGAGAAGUAGAGGACGUAGAGGAGGAAGGUGGUGAAGGGAGGGAGGAGACAGGGGAAGACAAGAAGCCAAAACGGCCCCUUUUAGAAGCAACCAGGCCGGCCAACAACUCGUUCCGGUCCACAUCAUCCCCGCUCCCUUCCUCCUCCAAUCACCCCCGUUCCUUCCGAACAACCACCAAGGUCUUCCCCGAUAAGCGCGCCUUGAUCGACCCAUUCAGAGGGUCCGUAGUGCUGCAGUAUUCCCAGGACUGGGCUGUGAAGCACACAGCAGUGUGCCUCCAUCAGUCAGUCAUGGUCCGUGCUCGGGUAAUGUUUGAGAAGCAGGGUUGGAAGCAGGCUCGGAAACAGGCCCACUGGAGUGAUUCCUGGGGCGAGCUGCAGGAGAUCAAGGGUGGAUGGGCGAGGGCAGAGCAGGGAGCGGGGAUGGGUUGGGAUGGGUUCGAGGGAAGCAGAAGUGGUGGGUGGGAGGUAAGAGCAGUAGGGUUAGACAUGGUGGUGGGACUGGUAGGAGCGAUGGGAGCAGUGGGAGCAGUGGGAGUGGGGAUGCCUUCUGUGGUUCUUGACUCCUGUGGCAAAGGAGACUGUGAUGCUGCUGGUAGGGCCCCUGCUGGUGGUGAUGAUGAGGCGGGAUGGGGUGAUGCAGAUGCAGAUGCAGACGCACUGCAUGUGUCGGUGUCAGGAGUGCGAGCAGCCAUGUUGUCGCUGCCAUCAGGUGGUUUCCAGUGCAACGCUGAGGUGCAUACAGUGCAUGGCUGCAUGUGCUCUUCCUCACACACGCGCUCUGCCCCACAUGCAUCCUCCAACUCACACAAGAGCAUGGUGCCUUUCUUGAGCCUGUCUGCCCGGGAAGGACUGAGAGCGAUGGGUGCUGAGAUGAAGGGCAAUGAUGGUAACGAGGAGGGUGGAGGAGGAGGGGCAGACACAGGGGCUGAUUCAGCUACGGAGGAGAAACCAAGAAGCCUCCGUAGCUUGGUCUUCUAUCUUAUUCGCUGCCUCCUGCUCACUCCACUGCCUCGCUUUUUGCACCUGCGCCAGUCAAAUGAAGACGAAGCUUCCAGAGGUGGGAUUGAGGCAGAGGCAAAACCACUGGAAGCAGCAACUGGUACACAUGUUGGUGCCAGCAACUCUGCUGUUCUCGAAAACACCGGGAUCGGAAGUGCAGCCAAUCAGGAGCCGUUUCUGUCGUUUCAGAUGGCCGCCCCUGCUCCUGCCUCCACGAGACCGGACAGGCCAGUGCAGGUCCACGUGGCAGCUGGUGAUUCACUCCUGGCUUUGAGUCCCGAUCUGAUUGGCGCAUUCGCGGCGUUGGGAAAGCUACUCGAGCAGGUGUUCGAGAUGAGUAGAGGCAAAGGGAGUGGUUGCGAGGGAAGUUGCAGUGGGGGGAGCAGCAGCGAGGGGAGCAGCAGUGGGGGAAGUGCGGGAAAGGAUGCAAGCAAGGGUAGCGACAGGAGCAGCAGAGAUAGCAGUAUAGGCCCAGUGGAAGGCAAAGAUGCAGUUAGUGUGAAGCACCUGACUACUGAUGAUUUUCCCACGGGUGUUGCACAUACCAGUAAUGACAGACACAUCAGGCUCCCUGCUUGCUGUAACCAUCCUAGUAGCUUGGACAGCUUGUUUGCAGCUCUGCGGUUGGCUCUAGACGGACUCAUCCCGAGUGCAUCGUGGCAUGUGGACGCGACAAGUGGCAGGCUGUGGUUGGCGGUUGGGGCUCAGGCUGACGUGGCAGCGGUGGCAGCAGCUGCAGCUGUUUCUGGGUUGACCUGUAGCAGCAGCAAGGAGGAAAGCACUGGUGGCCGGGAAGAAAUGUCUGGUGGCUUACCCCUAAGGGGGGAUGGCGUGUCAGGUGUGAGAGGGGGUAUGGAUGCAGAGGUCUCCACAGAGGGGGUGUUUCUGACCAGAGCUGUAGUGGGAAGAGAAGUGCUAGAGGCAGCAGUGGGUGUGGGUGCAGAAAGGGAUGAGGUAGCAGUUGAUGAGAUUAAUGGGUUGCAAUCACAUGGGAGUAGACAGAGGCAGAGGGGACCGUGGAAGAGGAAGAGUGGGGAGUGUGAUGCGGUGACGAGGAGUGUCUCUGUGUGGACAGUGGUGCUAGCUCCAACUCAACUCAGCGUGCUUGCCUCCUUGUACCGAUGCCAGACCACCACUUUAAUCACGUCAAAUACAAUCACAUCUGCAGCUGCUCUGAUCCGAGUCCCUGUGGUAGCAGCUUCGGUGCCAGCCACCAUCAUUCACGCACUUCCACAGAUCGCCUCUCUUUCUGCUGCUCUCUGCGCCACAGUACCCUUCACUGUCGUGUCUGUGCCAGCUAGGAUGCUUCCUGACGUGCUGAGCUGUCCAAUGACACGUGGCACAGGGGAGGAGGAAGGGGGAGCAGCAGAGAAGCAUGAGGGGGAGGUGCAGUCCGGGCAGGAGGACAAUGAAAAGGAACAGGAGAAAGAGGAAAAGAAUAGUUGGUGGGGUGUGGGACGGGAGAGAGCAGAGGGAUGGCGUGUGGGUGAUGAAGUGCCGUUCAGCAGGAGCAGUAGAGUGCAGAUGAGAGGUAAAUGGGGAGCUAUGGAGGGUGGUAGGGAGUCUAGAAAGAGGUGUGGUGAGGGGGAUAGGCUCCCUGCGGAAGAAACGCGCUUGGAGUGGGGGAAGAAGCGGUCGGGGAAAGCUUUUGAGGCGCCUCAAAAGGAGUGGGGGAAAGCUGAUGGGUUAGGAGGAGGUGUGCUUGUGAGGCAGCUUACACGAGACAGUGGCAGCAUGCGGGGAGUGGGACCUGGGGAGGCAAGGGGAGAAGGGGGGGGCGGGGCAAGUGAGCUUGGGGUGAGGCAAGGGCGACUGCGUCGAACGACAUCUGAACAGCCGUGGAUGGUGCGAGGGAGAGGGCUUGCGGGUAAGGUGGUGCAGGUGGAUGCUGGAGUGCAGAACGGUGUCGAGGAGUGGAGAGGUGAGGAGGAGGAUGGCCGAGGAGAAGGGGAUGAUGGCGAUGGUGGGUAUGGGAGCUCCUCCGGGCAUGGGGAUGAUGGGAGGCAUGGGGAGGAUGGGAGGGAUGGGGAGGAUGGGAGGCAUGGGGAGGAUGGGAGGCAUGGGGAGGAUGGGAGGGAUGGGGAGGAUGGGAGGCAUGGGGAGGAUGGGAGGCAUGGGGAGGAGGAUGGGAGGGAUGGGGAGGAGGAUGGGAGGGAUGGGGAGGAGGAUGGGAGGGAUGGGGAGGAGGAUGGGAGGGAUGGGAAGGAGGAUGGGAGGGAUGGGAAGGAGGAUGGGAGGGAUGGGAAGGAGGAUGGGAGGGAUGGGAAGGAGGAUGGGAGGGAUGGGAAGGAGGAUGGGAGGGAUGGGAAGGAGGAUGGGAGGGAUGGGAAGGAGGAUGGGAGGGAUGGGAAGGAUAGGAGGGCUGAGACACGCAGUGUGGGAGACAUGUCAGAGCAGGGGAAUCACAUAAGGUGGAAGGGUUGGUGGAAAGCCCUGGGACUGAUUCGAGGAGGGAAGAAAGAUGGGGUGGAAAGAGGAAGGGUAGAGCAAGAGAAGGCGAGGCGAAGAAGGGCGAGGGAUGGGAACACAGGCGAUAAAGGUGAGGGGCGCAGGGGAGCAGUAUGGGGUGGGGGUGAGCAACAGAGUGCAGCUGGAAAGAGUGCAGCGGACAGGCUGGGGCCAGCGGAGUCAGCUCCUCCAGCAUGCGGUACGAGCACUGUCAUGUGUGGAGGAAGGGGGCAGCAGGUGAGUUUUGAGUCGACUCAAGCAAGGGCCAGUACUCGAAAUUCACCUGCGGAGUCAGCUCUUCCAACACGCGGUACGAGCACUGUCACGUGUGGAGGAAGGGAGCAGCAGGUGGCAGCAGCAGAGGCACGGAGCCUCUCUCUAGACAUGCUUGUGAGUGAUGACAGCGCAGAGCAGCAGGUGCUGCUGGGGUUCGAGCCUCUGCUGCUUUCCUGCCAUUCCGAUGCACCUGGUGUGGUCCGGCAGGUGGUCCGGCUGGUGAAGCAGCAGGAGAGGCAGCAGCGGAAGCAGAAGGAGAGGAGUUGUGGCAGGGAGAGAAGGAGUAGUGGUGGCAGGGAUUGGAUUAGCAGUGGUGGAAGAAAGGGGAGCAGCGGAGGUGGACUGUUGUUUGCUGCACUGCCUGUGCUGCAUGCGUCAGUGGACGCAGUUCGAAUGGACCAUUUCUCUGCUCGGGUGGUGCAAUCGAAUGAACAAGGGGGUGGAGGGAGUAAAGCGGGUGAGUCAGCAGAAGAAGCAGCAGCAGCAGAGUGUUUGUGGUCUGUCCCUGCGUUGUCUAGUCGUGGUGGUGCAAUGGAAAAGGGGCUGGAGGAGGAAAAGAGUCGGCAGACAAUGCAGAAGCGCUUUCAUACACUGGGGCAGGUGGCCUUAUCGUCUGCAAGCGCUGCACAUGGAGCAUCAGCAGAAGCAGCAGAGUCUGGGAGUCCAGAGUCGGGGGCUCCUUCUUACAUGGAGAAUCUCAGGCAGCUGUGUGCACAUGCUCGGGUGGACGUAGAUGGGUUUCGGUUGCUUCUGCUCCACCCGGACGCCAGGAAAGGUGGAUUUCUCACGCUCCUGAGCGCGCUCUGUUCUUCUGAGAUUGCCCCGUGUGGAGUAGACGAAGCGAAUGCGGUAGGAGUGGAUGCCGCUGUGGGUUCCGGCAGUGACUCUGCCACCAGUGCUGCCACCACUGCUUCUUCUGCUGCUUCUUCUGCUUCUGCUGCUGCUGCUGCUUCUGCUGCUGCUGCUGCUGCUGCUGCUGCUGCUGCUGCUGCUGCUGCUGCUGCUGCGGAUGGCGCUCGUGCUGCUCCGGCUGCCACUGUUGAGGAGUGGGAGGAGGGCGAAGAUGGGUGUGAGAACUUGGAGGAUGAGCCUGGGGAUAGCGAUAGGAACAGUGGCAGAGGCAGAGGCAGUGAUAGUGACGAUGGUGGCUGUGACAACGAGAACUGUGAGGACAGGGAGUGUGAAGCUGAUAUGGAUGCAGAUAGCAGCAUUCUCCCAGGACUUUCCGCUUGCCUGAGGCUGCAGCAGAGAUUCAUUCUUGGCCCCGACGGUGGUGUGCGUAGUAGUAGUAGUAGUAGUAGUGGUGGUGGUGGUGGUUCGACGUACAUUGGUCCAGCUAGAAAGUGGUGGGAUGCGGUGGAGGGGGGUGUGGAUGUGCAGGGAGCUGAUGUGGCGGUUACAGUGGCGGAGAUACAGGUGAGAGGAACUGGCAGCGCAGCUGGUGGUGAUGGUGAGAUGUACUUUUGGCAUAGAAACAUAAAGCUAGAGGGGAAGAAGAAGAAGUUGCAACAUGUAUACAGACUGAAGAUGUUACUGUCGCUCCUCUCCUCCAUCUCGCCAUCACCAGCAGCAGCAGCAGCAGCAGCGGCCGAAGCACAAUCUGCUGAGUCGUUACCCACCUUCCAGCCAACCCACCGUGGUGCGCCUGCCAGUAUCGCCACUGGGAGCGCAGGUGGGUCUUUGGUGGCCAUCCGGAAUCUCGACACACGCCAGUACCUCACAGUCGAAGACUCACCCAGCCUUCCAGGAAGCUUCCGCCUGACGUCCGUGGCGCACUACAGUCUCGCAACGAGCGACCGGGCGGUGUUUCUUGUCCAUUUCCCGGAGAGCCGCGGGUGGCGGGAAAAGCUCAAGCUGCCUCCCUUACCGUUCCUGCCGCACAAUUGGGAUUGGGGGGAGCGGUCAAGGGAAAUGCGCAACGGGCAGGAGCAAGAGAGACAGCAAGGGAGGCAGCAGCAGCAGCAUGAAGGGUUGUGUUGGGAUGACACCCCCUUCUGGAGCAUUGCUCGAGAUGAGCACAAGGGAUUCAGCAGCAUCAGCAGCAGCGGCAGCAUCAACAGCAGCAGCAGCAGCAGUGCAAGGGGGAUUUCUAGACGUGGAAGAGAAGCGAAAGGCUUUAUCUGGGAUGGUGUGCAGCACAGCCCGCCUGUGCUGCCGCUGGUUCGGGUGCAUGUGGGGGAGGUGGCAUCUGUGGUUCAGCUGGGCUCGCACAAGACUCGCCUGUUUGGUUCCUGUCGCAUUCAAGUGACCACCUACGAUGGCCAGAGGAGCCGAUGGACCAGCCUCCUGACGUCAAGUCCAACGGACCUCUUCUGGCGCUCCCGUACACUCUGUACCCCUUAUAAGCCUGGAACGUUGGCGCUGGUGAGGGUGCAGCAGGUGCGGGUGGUGGUGGAGGAGGAGUCUUUGGACGCGCUGCUGCUGCUGGUGGGACUGCUGGGACUGGCUGGGCCGUAUACAGUGCGCCACUCUCCCAUCCUCGCCAACCGAUGCAUGGUGACCAACAACACGACUCUCCGCCUCGCCUGUUCCUUCUUCAACCACGCCUCUGAUAGUUCCCCUGCUGCUAGUGGGAGUUCGCUUGCUGAUAUAGGCCACUCGGUGGUGAUGCCGAAGCAGGGAGUGAAAGAACCAGCGGCAGCAGCAGCAUGGGGAAGCGGAGGAGGAAGGGGCGUAUCUGAGGCAGUGAUUGGGUGCAGAGGCACAGGGACGUUUCUUGUGCGACACUUCCUGUCCCGCAGGAACCUCUCCAACGCACGCGAGUCAUCUCUCGCUUUCCUGCGUCUCUUGCCACCACCGCUGCCCAAGACGCAGCACCGCACGGAACAGCACCGAACAGAGCGGCAGCAAGCAGAGCAGCAGUGGAAGCAGCAGGAGGGGCAGUGGCAGAAGGGGAAGCAGCACGUACAGGAGCAGGAGCCAGCAGCAGCAGCAGCAGCAGCAGAGCAGGGGUGGGUGCUGCCUCUCUCCAUGUCCAUCGCCAGAGAGGGCUCUCUGGCUGUCCGCACACGCAUACUCCAACUCCAAGGUGAGACCCUCUCUCUAAAGCGCCAGAGCGUGCAAGGUUCCCAGCAGGCCGGUGCCUCACUGCCAGGCCCAAUGGUGGUGCUGCACGUGUCCAAGCGCACACCAGAAGGCGUGCGUCUCUCCAUCUCCCCGUUUCUCUCUGUCCGCAACAACACCGGCUGCCCUUUGCAAAUCUGCCUGCGCCGUCGCCCUGCUCCCUCCGGACAAGCAGCAACAGCAGCAGCAGCUGGUGGUGGCGCUGCUGCUGCUGCUGCUGGAGAAGCAACAGGAGAGGAAGCAGUGGUGGGAGGGGUGGGGCAAGCAGGAGUGGCAGUGGCUGAGCAGCAGGAUGAAGUGGGGGUGGUGCAGCAAGCAAGCCCAGGAGUCGAUUACCAGGGGGGGAUUGAGGUGGUGGAGGAACUGCAGCAGGGGCAAGCUUUGGAUGAUGCUGCUCUCUGCUUCCGCUUCGCUGCUUCUGCAGGCGAACAGCGCCGCCUGGUCAACGACCUUGCAGCAGGCAAUUACCUGCUGUCGUUCCGGCCACUUGCUGCCACAAGCAUACGUCAGGAAGCGCCUGCAGCGGCACCUGAAGCAGCACCUGAAGAGUCGCACAGCGCAAACCUUUACAGCACAUGGACUAGGGAAGGCAUUCAAAUGGGUGUGACUGCAACGAGUAGCAGUGUGACUGUAGCGAGCAGCAUGUGGAGCAGCGCCCCUGUCCAUGUGCCCUGUGCUGGUAACAUGCUGGCACUGCUGACCCAUGAUGUGCUGCCACCUGUCAAGGGCGCAGUGGCUCUUGCCCACCUGGGAGGGUUGCCGUCUUCUGGUGGGAACGAGGUCCAGGUGAAACUGAAUCAGGUGAAUUUCCAGGAGGGGCAGCAGCAGCAGCAGUUGGUGGGCCCGCCUCAGGUGAAUCCUCAGGAGCAGCAGCGGCAGCAGCAGCGGCAGCAGCAGCAGCAGCAGCAGCAGCAGCAGGGUGGUGUCUCAAUGAGGAGGAGUGCGUGUGAGAUGGCAGUGCAGUUGCGGACCCGAUACAGCGACAAGGAUGCAGUGCCUGAGUUUGAGAUCUUUCCUGCAUGGACCAUCCACAAUGCCACUAACACGCCGCUGUUUUGCUCCGUGGCGGGAAACCCAGUGGAAUCAUCUUGGGCGCCAGAUGGCAGGGGGAGGAGAGGGAGCCGCGCACAGCAGCAAUCACAGACAUCUUCACCGCACUCCACCGCGUCUCUCCUUCUGAACCCCAGCGCCGCCAAGCCGUGGCUUGCUGUUGGCACGUCAGUCUGCAUCUCCAUCGCACCGGCACAGGAGGGCACAAGUCGACUGGGAGUGGGGAGAGGUAACAACCGCGAGAGAGGCAACAAGGGAAGCAGCAGUGUUGCGGGAAGAGGGUCCAUCAUUGAUCUCUCUUCCAUCUGCCGCACCACAGAAAUCCAGCUUGUGCAGUAUGUACCCGUUAUAAGGGACAGGGAGGCCACUGUAAGAGAACGGGGGAUGUCUAUAAGGGGUACAGGAAGUAGAGUGCAGGAGCAGCAGAGGGGAAGGGAGAGGCGGCAGCUAGAGACGGUGAUGGAAGGUGGGGAGGAAGGAGAGGAAGGGGAGGAAAGGGAGGAAGGGGAGGAAGGGGAAGGAAGAGAAGAAGGGGAAGAAGGGGAUGUGGAGGGGGGUUUCCUUGCUGCUACUGCUGAGUCAGCGUGUGAUUGGUCGCUGCGAUGCUUCCAGUUUGCCGUCCGCCUGUGCCUGUCAGCGAGUGGCAGUCCCUCCCGUGUGGUUGAGAUUUGUCCGAGAUACGUCGUGCGCAACCGCUUCCCCGUGCCGCUUCUUGUGUGCCAGGAAGGACUAGAGUACUUCCCUGAGCUCUGGACCACCAUCCAACCAGGCGAGUAUGCACCCAUCCACGCCCAAUCACCCUCGCACAUCUGGUCUUCCCAUUCCUCCCUCGCCCUAUCCUCCUCCUCCUCCUCUCCCUACUCUCCUCCGGCUUCCUCCUCUCACGAUUCUGUGCUGGAAGAGGGCGGCAUCAUUCGUCCUUUCCUGCGUUUCCGCCCGCUGGAUUCGUCCGAUCCGUUCUCGCCUGCUCCAUCUCCUCGAGGCCAAUCACAGCCUGCCACAUGGCAUUGGUCCGGGCCGUUUGGGGCGGCAUCUCUCGGCUCGUUCUGCCUCAAGAUGCGCUCUCACAGCAACAGCAGCAACAAUGGGGGUGCUGGUUACCCACUAGGAGGAACCAUCCAGGAAACUCCCCCAUCCCCGUCCCCAUCAUCCCCAUCAUCAAAAUCACCAGCAGCAUCACCGUCAGCAGCAGCAGCAGCAGACCUCCAGCGCCAGCUGUCAAUGUCGGUUGUAGCGGCAGGUGGCGUGCGCGUGCUACAGCCGGUGCUCUUCGCCGUUGCUGACGUGGCAGAGGGAGGAGGAGGAGGCGGGGGAGGAACCACGGGAGGCUCAGCAGAAGGCGCACAUGAUUUGAGGUUGAACACAUCAGCAGGGAAAGCAGGGGGGCCGGAAGGAGUGGGAAUGGGGCCUGGCGAUGGAUCAUCAGGUGCUGAUGCAGCAGGGCAGAAUGAACCCUCGGGGAUAUCACAGUCAGCAGCACUGGGAGCAGUGUCCGCAGGGGCAGCAGUGGGCGGCACGUGGGUGGCGGAGAUUCGUCCAGUGGACGGCAUGAGGGAGGCGCCGUACCGCAUUGAAAACACUCUCUCUGGAUUGGCCGACCAACGAGUGGCUGUAGCACAGAAGGGUUCAGAGGGGUGGGAGGUGGUGGAAGCAGGCGAGUCUGUUCCUUUCACCUGGGAAGACUGGCGCUUACCUAAAAGACUGCUACUCACUGCUCCGGGCUGCUCGCCCCAGCAGGAGGUGAGUCCCGACAAGGUCAAGCCGUGGCGCCGCCUGCGCCUCUCCCACUCCGCCUUCCCCUCCCUGCUGCCCUUCCACCUGCCUUUCCACCUGCGCCAGUGGAAAGGGGGGGAGGAGGGGGUGGAGGAGGAGGAGGAAGAGGAUUUUGAUGAUGAUGCUUACAAGUAUGAGGAUGAGGAGGCGGGGCAAGAGGAGGGAGAAGGUGCUGGGGAGGGCGCUACUGAGGAAGGUAGAGCUGUCAGUGGAAGGGGCGGGGGUAGAGGCAGCAGGGGUGCAGCAGGUGCUUCAGCAAGGCAGCAAGCGGCACGGGAGCAGGCAGCAAGGCAGCAGGUGGUGGGAGUGGAGGUGUAUGCGGAUGGGCCGAUACGGGUGGUGCGUGUGUGCACAAGGGAGGGUGCCAAGGACCGGGAGGGCUCUGGCAGAAAGGGUGCCGCAUGGGGGACUGGUGUGGGCGGUGGCGCUACGAGUGGUGGUGCAAGUGGUGCUAUCGCUGUGACCAGUGGUGGGAGUGCUGGGGCUUUGACUGGUGGUGGGACGGAAGGGGGUGGCAGGGAGGCAGGGGAUGUGAGGGAGAUGGAAGGGAUGGUGGAAGUGGAAGGGAUCGACAUCAAGCUGCUGCAGUCCGGUAGCUCCUCCGAGUUGAGUGCAAAGGAGGAGGCAGCAGCACCAACAGGGAAGGGUAGGGAGAGGAGAGAGGGGAAAGAGCCGGAGGGAGAGGAAGGGAGAGGGGAGGAGGAAGAGGAAGAGGAGAGGGAGGAGGAGAGAGAGGAGGAGAUGGAUCGCCGGGUGUUGCUGCACGGGCGGACGGACGGCCUGUGGGCGUCCUUGUCUCUUUCUCAAAGAGACCUGGCUCUUGAGGCUGUGCUGUGUAAUGCCGGUAUCGACUCUCGUUCCCCAUCCCUCAAGCCCCCACCGCUCCCCAUCUCUCUCAGCCACUCCACCUCCAGCACCACCGCACAGCACCCCAUCCUCUCCUCAGCCGUGGUUCUCCGCUCCCUCAACCCGUCUCCAGCCAUGGGUGCUGCGGCUACCAGUGGCACCAUGAUAGGACGCACCUUGAGGGAUUGGCGGGUGGGGAGGGAGGGCGUGGGAGGGGUGGGAGGAGGGAGAGGAGUAGGAGGAGGCGGAGGAGGAGGAGGAGGAGGAGGAGGAGGGGAGGGGGCACCGUUGUGUUCAAUGGCAGUGGUGGUGAAUCGGCUGGCUUCGCGGCCACAGCACAUUCGCUCCGCAUCCUUCCUGCUGCAGGUGAGCUUUCUUUUGAGGCGCCUCAAAAGCCUGCUGCAGGCAGUGGAGGUGAACAUAGAUGAGAGCACGUUGCUGCGCCUCGUGCCAUUCUACCGAAGCAAGGACCCCAGCGUGCCCGCAGUGGAGGUGAACAUAGAUGAGAGCACGUUGCUGCGCCUCGUGCCCUUCUAUCGCAGCAAGGAUCCCAGCGUGCCCGUGCGCGACUGGAGCACCACGCCCAUCUACAUCGAAUACCUCGAGAUUCAUCCCAUCAAGGUGGUGGCGAGUUUUCUCCCCAGUGCACCGGGUGCCAUUGACUACUCGUCAGCACAGGAGGCGCUGCGGGGGAUUCUGCACUCGGUGAUUCAAGUGCCGGCAGUGCAGCGCACACCCAUCCACCUGCACGGGCUGCUGCUCACCCAUGCUCUCACCUCAUCCAAACAGAUGGUUGCCAAGCUCACCCGGCACUACUCUUGGUACGUCCUAAGAGCAGUGUACAUAGCGCGGGGCCUGCCGCUGCUGCCACAGCCCUUCACGGCUCUCUUUGACGACUCCGCCUCAUCAGCUCUGGAUGCGUUCUUCGACCCCUCUCAGGGCCACAUCGCCCUCGCCACUGCCACCACCAGAGCUCUGGAUGCGUUCUUCGACCCCUCACAGGGGCACAUCGCCCUCGCCACCGCCACCACCAGAGGUCCACAGCCCUUCACGGCUCUCUUUGACGACUCUGCUUCGUCGGCUCUGGAUGCGUUCUUCGACCCCUCACAGGGGCACAUCGCCCUCGCCACCGCCACCACCAGAGGAAUAUUUGAUAUUCUCCGCAAGGUGGUGAGGAGGCGAGAUGCUGGUGGCGGUGGCAGCGCGUUUGGCAUCUCACCCACUCUCUUCCUGGGGGACGUGGAGUCUACGGUGCGGGAGGCGGGCACAGGAGUGGUGCACGCAAUGGUAUCAGAGAUCUCUGAUUCCAUGAUGAAAGGGGUGGAGAGCGGUGGGCUGCCGGGCCUGGCCAAGGGCUUUCAGCGUGCCAUUGUCCGCAUUGCCAUGGAGCCGGACACCAUGCUCGCGCCCCUGCUACACCCCUUCACUGCUCUUUCAAUGCUCUCUUGCUAUGUACCCCGCACCAUCCCAUCCCAUCCCAUCCAUCAGGCCAAGGGUUUCCAUCGAGCCAUCCUCCGCAUUGCCAUGGAGCCGGACACCAUGCUCGCGCCCCUGCUACACCCCUUCACUGCUCUUUCAAUGCGCCAAGGGCUUCCAUCGAGCCAUCCUCCGCAUUGCCAUGGAGCCAGACACCAUGCUCUCUCCCCCUGCUCCACCCCUCUGCUAGUCUUUCGACACAUUGACAUAUCCCUUCUUUUACCAUCCCCGCGUGCUUCCCCCCAGGCCAAGGGCUUCCAUCGAGCCAUCCUCCGCAUUGCCAUGGAGCCGGACACCAUGCUCGCGCCUCUCCUGCAUCCCUUCGCACCCGGAUUCACUGCCGCCCUCUCUUCUUCCUCCUCCUCCUCCUCCACUCGCCGCCGCUUCCUCUCCACCACCCGUAUCCGCCUGCGCACCAGCCUGGGACUGCACGAGGCGUACGUGGAGGGAUACCUACAAGCCAUGCUUGACACGCUGUAUCGCCAGCCCUAUGUGACUGUCAAGAUCGCCAACGACACAGUCGUUCUGAAGAACCUACCCCCCAACACAUCUCUCACCAAUGAGAUGGUGACAUGCGUCACAGACUUCCUGGUCACAGAAGGGCUGUUGGAGCCUGAGAGGGGAGGCGGCAGGGAUGGAGGCAGGGGAGGAGGAAGGGGAAGGAUGGGGAUGCCGGUUGCUGGUGGUGCUGGUAUCGGUGGUGCUGCUGGUGGGGCCGGGGAGGUGUCUGCUUUCCGAUCACUGCGGCGCAUUCACGGGGAGCAGAUGGUGAGUUUUGUGGGGAAUGAGGUGUCGACUCAAAGCAUGAGCCGUGUGCGGGAUGAGGUGGUGAGAGAGAGGAUGUGUGCGCUCACGUGUGAUGAGAUGUGUUUUGAGUCGACUCAAAGCAUGAGCCGUGUGCGGGAUGAGGUGGUGAGAGAGAGGAUGCGUGCGCUCACGUGUGAUGAGAUGUGUUUUGAGUCGACUCAAAGCAUGAGCCGUGUGCGGGAUGAGGUGGUGAGAGAGAGGAUGCGUGCGCUCACGUGUGAUGAGAUGUGUUUUGAGUCGACUCAAAGCAUGAGCCGUGUGCGGGAUGAGGUGGUGAGAGAGAGGAUGCGUGCGCUCACGUGUGAUGAGAUGUGUUUUGAGUCGACUCAAAGCAUGAGCCGUGUGCGGGAUGAGGUGGUGAGAGAGAGGAUGCGUGCGCUCACGUGUGAUGAGAUGUGUUUUGAGUCGACUCAAAGCAUGAGCCGUGUGCGGGAUGAGGUGGUGAGAGAGAGGAUGUGUGCGCUCACGUGUGAUGAGAUGUGA